AUGUUACCUGCUGUGCUUUCCUAUGGACUAUGGGACCAGGUCAGAGUUGACUGUGGAAAAGAGUUUUAUCUGACAUUAUUCAUCCAAGAAAAGCUGGCGCAACACAGACACAAUACUCAAAGGCAGCCAUACAUUCAGACACCUUCUACAAGGAACCAUGUGAUAGAGAGAAUGUGGUCAGAGGUCAAUGCCAGAGUCAACUACCCUUUGAAGUCAGCUUUGGUACAUCUGGUGAACCAGGAGGAACUGGACAUGGAGGACAACACAUCCAAAUAUUGUGUAUCAAACCUGACAUGCCAAAUGGCUAGGAUUGGCAUCACAAAUGUAAUAGAGGCAUGGAAUGCACACAGGAUCCCAGGAAAGGGGAUACCAAAUGAACUGGCUAAAGGAGGGUGUCCUGCAAAACUUCAAGAGGACCAUCUGCCUGUUGGUACUGUUGCUGCUGACCUUUAUCAGCAGGAACUGGGAUCAGCUUUGAAAAGGGAAUCCAUUUUUGGAUGUAAUCCUUUCCCAUCUGAAGAAGCCCAACAAUGGACUGAAACGGAGUUUGGUUCUCACUUUGAUUUGAUAUCACUACAUCAAAAUGUAAUUAACCAUAACUAUGGGCCUUUUGAACAAGCAGUUAUGUCUCUUAUUGAUAUCACCAGACGCUGUGUGUGACCUGUUACAAGUGACCUGCAAUGAUCAAUGAAACAGUUUACUGUAAAAAAACAUUUAUUACGGAAACUGUAAAACCCGCUUCAAUACAUAAAAAUUGCACUUUAUCCCAAAUACAUUCCACUUUUACAAGUCUUUCUCAGUCGAGUCUUUUUUUAGUGGUCUUGUAAACAAACUGAGCUUUUGUCUAAAACUAAGCUCAUCAGAUUGAAUGAAGAUACUGUAACAUUAGCAUCCUUAAACUUAAUUGUAUUUACCAA